AUGGAAUUCACAUUUAUUGACAAUAAUAAAGAUAUUGAUAGCGACACGAGGUCCUUGAUCCGCCAUCGUGCUGCAAAAGGGUGGAACCUUGGACGCAAGAUCAAUCGGGCAUCGCGUGUAAAAGCGUUUGAACGCCAAGUUCCGGACAAGCCUUCUACCACUACUGGGCUUGGGCAUGUAUCUACAAGGACGUCCCAUGAAGACAGUAAAGACAUGUUUCAUUCUCGCAGAGACGUUGAAGGCGUGCUCCCACCGGUUGAGCCUAUCAUAGGCGACAGCGUAUCUAUCUUAAGCCUCCCUAUUGAAGUAGCCCAGAAAGACAGGGUGCUUUUGUACGACGCCAAUAUCUCUGCAACUCAUCACAUCACUCAGGUCUUCCGCCUAAUCAAUGAACGCAUAUCUCGCGGCGAAAGAAUUACGUAUCCCACAAUGGCCGUAGUCAUGAGCCUAUCAUCAUAUGAGUCAACUCGUGGUCGCUACGACCGCGGCAUCAUUCACCUCUUGGGCCUUUAUCAAAUGAUUGAGAUGCGAGGCGGCUUGGACCGCAUUGGCUCGGAAAAGCCUGAAAUUAUGCAAAAAAUAUAUCGAGCUGAUCUUGACUAUGCGCUCCGACUCGGAUCAUCUCCGAAAUUGGAUAUCGAGCUCUUUGAGAAUACAAAGACAAUGGCAAGAUUGGCUAUAUCUCCUACAUCAGAUCUAAACAUUCCUUUCACUACAUCUGACCAGAGAUUUCGAGAACAACUUGGAACUGAUCUUCGUGUGCUCUGGGAUAGCGUGGCAGUCCUAUCUAGGCUGGUUAAUGAGGCGAGCGCUGGAGAACGUUCAAAACUACCCACGACAGAAUUUUUAAGAAGCCACGUCUGGCUCGGUCAUAAACUUCUCAAGUAUGCUCCAUUGAGCUUGUCGCGAUCCCUAAAUCGCAGCCAAAGCAUAGCACAUUUGGGCCUCUUAACGAUAAUUAGCUCUUUCUUAUGCGGCCUUGAUCGUCGCGUAACAGAGAACUCCAUCUUAUCUAAGAUGAUCCAGAUGGAAGCUAGCUUAGAGUCAAAUGGCGAGGACCAAGAGCUUCUCUUAUGGCUUUUAUUCUUGGGAGCUGCUGUUAUUUUACAAGAUCCCAGCCAUGACACCUGGCUCAUCCCCAAGACUUGGGAAAUAAUGCAGAUGCUGCAACUAGACACUUGGGGAGGCAUGAUGGGAGCUCUAUCAAAAUUCCCUUGGAUCAACGAUUUUUAUGAAAAGGAAAGUUUGGCAUUAUACUACAGAGUCUCUCACUAUGGAGGUAUUCAAUCGGCCUUAUGAAACCCAUACAAGACUAUGUAUCUGUCUUAUCGGCUUUUUGCAAUCUUACUCGAGAGCCUUUGAAACAGAGCCUGGCUCAAUUUUCUCAAGCUCUCUGACAAUGCUAUCCCAGGCUUGCUUGUUUGCUUUCGCAUCC